AAUACACAAUUUAUGAUUUGUCAUAUAUUUCGAUUCUUUAUUAUCUAUGCCUAUUGUAUAUUUUGUAUUUCGAACUUCGUACCUUCUAGACUUUAGUUUAAAGUUUUAGAGUUUUAGACGUUAGACAGUAUUAGUUGUAGGCACUUCAGUAUUAACAAAUUUUGACUCCGAAUCAGACUUAUAAUUGAUAGAUAAGUGUUUUUUGUAUUUCAAACCAGAUUAUAACUCAACUAAAUACUAACAGAAGAACAUCAAUUGAUUUUUGUGUUAACGCUAAAAACAUUCCAUUUCCAGUUUUUACACCUAUAGUUUCAUGAUGAAUUCCUACAUAAACAAUAUAAUUAAUUCGAAAAAAGUUGUUACAAAAAUCUACAUAUUUACAUUUAUUUUUUCAUUUCUCAGUAGAGAAGUUUACUCUGAAUGGAACACCAGAGAUUAUAUGAAACGCGAUCAUUCACUAUUGAAACCAUACCAAGGAUCUGGCAUAACGGUACCAAACUGGGACUUCAUGGGUUCCACAAUAGUGACUGACAAAUAUGUGCGAUUAACACCAGACUUACAAAGCAAGUCUGGUUCAAUAUGGAAUUCUAUACCUUGUUAUGUCAAUAAUUGGGAAUUACAAGUACAAUUCAAAAUUCACGGAAAAGGAAAAGAAAGUCUUCAUGGUGAUGGAAUGGCUAUUUGGUAUACUCGAGAAAGAAUGAAACAUGGGCCAGUUUUUGGCAAUAAAGAUUUAUUUGAAGGGCUUGCUGUUAUAAUUGAUACAUAUAGUAAUCAUAAUGGAGAACAUAAUCACCAACAUCCUUAUAUUUCAUCAAUGAUUAACAAUGGAUCUUUGCAUUAUGAUCAUGACCGUGAUGGAACUCAUACAGAAUUAGCAGGAUGUGAAGUUAAAGUUAGAAAUUUACCAACUGAAACUCAUGUUUUAAUAAGAUACACUGGCAACACACUAACUGUAAUGACAGACUUAGAAGAUAAAGCAGUAUGGAAACCUUGUUUUUCUGUUGAUGGCGUUGAAUUGCCAACUGGUUAUUAUUUUGGAUUUUCAGCAGCAACAGGAGAUCUAUCAGAUAACCAUGAAAUUUUAGCUGUUCGACUAUAUGAAGUGGAUUCUGAUGACCCUAAUGAAGCUCUUAAGGAUCGUUCAAACAUAAUUCCAAGUGCCAAAGUGUUCAGUCCACAAAGAGAACAUAUUGAAGACACCAAGAGUCAAAGUUGGAGUGGUUUAAAAAUAUUUUUUAUUGUCUUAUUUGUUAUUAUUUUAAUUGCUGCUUUAAUUGUUGGUGGUGUAUGGUAUUGGGAGUACCAACAAACUCAGUCACAUAAAACAUUUUACUGAAACAACAGUUCAAUAAUGUAAAACAAAAAAAAAAAAUAAUAAAUAUUUAUUUAAAUUUCACAUUGCCAUCAAAAAAAAAAAAAAAAAUGAAAACAAUAAUCAUUUUAAUUUUUGUUAUAAUUGUUUAAAUUAUAAAAAAAAUUACAUACCAUGUUUCUCAUGUUUCAAUCAAAUUUCAGUUAAAACAGAUUGUUUUUUAAUAGUGGACUCGUGUGUUUGUGUAUUAAAAUUUUUUGUAUAAUAUGUACGGUAUUUGUGUUCCAUUUUAAAUUCCAUUCUUUCUAUAUAUUAGUCAUUAGAUUUUAGACUGUGUACCAUAGAUUAAAUACACAAAUAUACGUGAUCUACAUUUAUACUAUGUAUUAAAUAAUUCUAAUAAUUUAUUA